AUGGCUGUUGACCGCGGCUCCCUGAGGAGCCAGGCGGAGACCUACCCCCUGGCCAGGGAUGGCCCGAGAAAGCCGAGGAAACCCUCCGCCCUGUGCGACGGGGAGGACCAGCCACCCCUGCACAGGGCUUGCUCCUGCUGGGCCAGAGGUGCCCUCGGAGGGGACAUGAGUGCCAGCACCAGAGGCCGCUCCGCCAGGCUCGCCAGAGGCGUGGGAAGGUCCCGAGCCUAUUCCUACCCACCCACCGUGAUGGGUGCCAACCGAACUGGGAGCCCUGCCUCGCUGGCACGGAGGGGGCCUGUGGACAGGUGGCCCCAGAGUGGACGGGUGUCUGCAGAAGCAGCUGUCCAAGGUGGAGCGUCCCCUGGGGGCUCCGGGGAACGUGCUGGAGGAGAGGGUGCUGGGGGCCGGUGGGACCUGUGGGUGGACAGAGGAAUCCACUGGCUGAAAGACACGCCCCCAGAUGCCCGGAGCAGUUCCCGUCUCCAUGGACUGGCCCAGUCCCGGGCCUCCUGGAAGGAGCUGUCCGGCCUCCAGGCGCUUCGAGUCCUGAGUCUGGACGAUGGCACCUGCGGGGCCGGAGGAGGAGCCGGUUGUGUGGCCCCCACACCCCACAGCCCAUUGAAGCCCAGGAUGCACCGGCAUCUGGAGGACUUUGUGGUCCCCCGAGACGACCCGCCCCGGAGCCGGGACCCAGCUCCUGUGCUGGCUGCAGCGUCUCGCGGUGCCUCGCUGCUGCCCCUGCCCGCAGCCCACAGGCCGGCCGGCUGCUCGGGCCGAUGCAGGGGCCCUGGCCCAUCCGGCCCGUCCGGCCCCAGCCCGUCACCCAGGAGACAGAGGUGCUGCUCGGUCCUGCCUGGCUCUCCUGCUGGACGUGUCCUGCUGGACGUACGUGUCUCAGAUCUCGACUGCUGCCGGACCUUCUGCCUGGAGGCCUGGCCCCGAGGUGAUUUCCCUGCCCUGCCCCGUGUGGAAGGCCGCCAGCGCAUUGCUCUGUGCUUCUGGGCCAUCCCCCUCCUCCUGGCCCUGCGGGCAUUCCUGCUGGCUGGCUUCUUCCACGUGCACGUCGGGCUGCUCGUGCCCCUACUGGGGGGCCAGGAUGAGGGCCCUCCCGUGACCAACCUCAUGUUCCUCAAGACGCACAAGACGGCCGGCAGCACCGUGCUCAACACCCUCUUCCACUUUGCCGAGACGCACAACCUGGCGGUGGCGCUGCCGGCCGGCGGCCGCGUCUACCUGGGCUACACCUGGCGCUUCCUCUUCAACAUCAUGUGCGACCACCUGAGGUUCAACCAGCAGGAGGUGCAGAAAGUCAUGCCCAGCGACACCUACUUUUCCAUCCUCAGAAGCCCCGUCUUCCAGCUGGGGUCCUCCUUCAUCUACUACAAGGGCUACGUCCCCGCCUUCAGGGGCGUCGCCAGCCUGGAAGACUUUCUGGCGUCGUCGCGGACCUACUGCAACCCGAACCUGGGCUUGUGCCACGCCUACGCCCGGAACAGCAUGUGGUUCGACCUUGGCUUCGACCACGACGUGCCGCCCAAGGAGGGGCUAUGCGCGCGCGCGCGCCCGGCCGACACGGAGCGGCGCUUCCAGCUGGUGCGCUUCGCGGAGCGCUUCGACGAGUCCACGGUGUUGCCGAGGCGCUUGCUGCGCUGGCGGCUGGACGACGUGGUCGCCUGCAGGCUCAAUUUGCGCAGCCCACGCAGCGUCGCCAGCCUGACGACCGCGGGCCGGGAGCGCACUAAGCGCUGGCGCGCUCUGGACUGGCGCCUCUAACGGGACUUCGACCGCACCUUCUGGGCCUGGCUGCACGCAGAGCUGGGCCCGCGGCGGCUGCGCUCCGCGGAGCAGCCGCUGCGGGGGCGGGGGCGCGGGCUGGCGGCCCAGUGCCUGCAGGAUGGCGCGCCCCAGGGUAAGUCGCAGGUCACCGUUCGCCGGCUGCGCCCCUACCAAUCCGGCAGGGCCGACAACCAAACGCUGCGCAUGUGUCAGAGGAUGUUCAUGCCCGAGCUCCAGUACGUGGCCCGCCUGUACACGCAGUUCCCCGACAAGCCUCCCAAGAACAUCCACGUCCUGGAGGCCUGGAGGGAUGACGCCGGGGACUCUGUCUAG